AUGUCUCGAGUCGUAACUGACGGAGACUUGAGUCCGCAGCGCCACUUUCCCCGAAACCGCGGUCCUGCUUACGUGUCCGCUCCUCGGGGAAUCCAAUACCCGGAAGACCUAAUCUCCCCGACCAACGCUGGAGUUGCACCCGGCCGAGCGGGCGACCAUGUGCGACGGCCAGCCGGUCGCACGCCGAUUCGCACGGUGCAGGAGGGCCAUCAGCUUACGGAAGGCGACGACUUUGCAGACAACCGAGGCGGCGGUCAAAGGAGAAUAACGAUCCCCGCUGGGGGUGGCGGCGGGGGAGGCGGCGGAUAUCACGGAAACACGUCACCGCUGCGCAAUGCCAUUCAUGGGCGAUCGGAGAGCCAUUCGGGGGAGUCGGGGGAGCGAGGAGGCCGCGCGGAGCACGCGGGGGACCUUCAGCCGCGGCGGGCGGCGAGCUCCAACGAGGCGGGGUACGGCCGGCCGGCCGCGCUUCGCCUGGACGCCGACAUGAUCAAGGCCGGCAGGAAGGAUUCGCUGAGUCCCCGCCGCAUGGUAAAGGUCGCCACGCCCUCCGCGCAGCCCAGCGGCGCCGCUGUCCGCGCAGGGGGGGCAGGCGGGGGGCCCGGGGGCGGGGGCAUCGGGGGAAGCUUCCAGGCGUCGCGGGGGGAGGCGGAGCACAUGCGGCGGGUGGCGGAGCUGAUGGAGGCGGUGCGGGAGAACGACGUUGACCUGGUCAACGUGGUCCUGCAGGAGGCGCCGUCCCGCACCGCCCUGCUCAACACUGUUUAUCCAGCCUCGCAGCGCACGGCCCUGCACGAGGCGGUGGUGGCGUCCAGCACGGAGGCGGCGGGCGCGCUGCUAGAGUGGGGCGCUGACCCUGACGGCGGGCAGUCCGCGCAGAUGCCGCCCAUCAUGUACGCGGUGCAGACGGGCAACGACAAGAUGGUCACGCUACUGCUGUCGCACGGGGCGGACAUCAACGCACAGGACGCCAAGCAGUACACGGCGCUGCACUACGCCUGCGCUGCCGGCCACAGGGGCAUAAUCAAGCUGCUGCUGGUAGCAGGCGCCAACAUGUAUGCGCGCAACCGGGACGGGCUGUACCCGCAGCAGCUGGCCUCGACGGACCGCAUCCGCACGCUCUUCCGCAAGCUGCACGAGUACCACCAGCGCCACGGGCUCGUGGGCGAUGGGGAGGGCGCGGGGGCGGGCGGUGGGGGCGCGGGCGGAGGGGGAGGGGGAAGGGGGUUGAGAGGGUCGCCGCCGAUCUCCCCUGGGACGUCGGGAAGGAUGAGCCCGCGGGAUGUGGGCGGGAUGGUGGAUGACGGGUGGGAUGACGAAGUCCCCAACGGGUCAUCAGUUCAGCAGCUUAUCUCCCCUCGUGCCCUCGCCGCCCGCACGCGCCUGGGCGGCGGCGGCGGCAGCGCGCAGCAGCCGCCCGGGCGGCAGGGGCCGGCAGCGGGGCGGGGUGGCACAGGCAGCCGCUCUGCUGUGGAGCGAGGGAGCACCCGGGAGGACGAUUGGCUGUCCCAGCCUCAUGCACGUGCGAGGGGAGGGGGAGGCGGAGGCGGAGGGGGAGGAGGGGGCGGAGGGGGUGGGGACGGUGGGGACCACGCUGACGUGGAGAGCCCGCGUGAUUUGCUGGAUAGCAAUGAGCAGAUCUUCCUCCAGGCGUGGGAGAACGACCGUGAUGACGACUCGCCGGCCUUCGCCUGGCCGGGCCCGGGGGGGGCAGCAGGGGGAGGCGGAGGAGCAGGAGGGGGUGGUGGCGGCGCGGGGAAGGACGAGCAUAUGGGGCCGGGAGGGGCAGGGGGAGGGGCAGGAGGGGGAGGGGGAGCAGCGGGGGGAGUGGCGGCGGCGGGGCCGGCGGCGUCGUUGGCGCGCAGGCACAUCCGGGACUCGCGGACGCUGUCGGUGGAGUCGGGCGGGCAGCAGUACGCGCGGCGCAUCGUGCAGGCCAACGACAGCAGCCUCUCCGAUGCCGAGGCUGGCAGCUUUGGCACCCGCCGGCACACCGCAGGCGCGGCCAUCACAACAGACCGGUCGCGUCUGGCCGCCCAGCCCCGCCCGCGCAACUUCGCUGACUUCCGAGCAGAGCGCCUCGUGGGGCAGGCAGCAGCAGGCGGGGGGGGAGGGGGAGGGGGAGGGGCAGGCGGAGCAGGGGGAACUGGGGGCGGGGGGGGACCUGGGACGCCUGGGAGAGGGGGCAUGCGGGGAAGGUCCCCCUAUGAUAGCGUGGAUUCGGCUAGCAUGGGGAGGUUGGAUUUGGGGGGCGGGGGUGGGGGUAGGCGGGGGUCUUUGGACGGGAAAUCGUCUGGGGGAGGGGCGAGGGGCGUGGUGGAUGUGUUUGGGAACCCGUAUGGGGGGAGAGGGGGGCGCGCAGGGGAUGUGGCGGGUGGUGGCGGGAGGGCGAGUUCGGACGAUGAGCGGGAGGACGGGGGGUUUGUGCGGGGCGGGGCGGGGAUGGGCGGGGAGAGGCGGCAGCAUGGGGGGGGGGGCGGGGGGGCGCGGGGGGAGGGAGAACAUGGGCAUAGUGGGAGGCUGCCUCGUGUUGCUGCUUCUGCGUCUGCUGCGGCAGCAGAGGAUCGGGAAGGGGAGGGCGGGAGGCACGGGGACAGCGACAGUGACACUGGCAGGCGGCUUCCCAACAGAGCAGCAGCAGCAGCCGCAGGUGGGGGAGCAGCAUCAGGCGCUGCUGCUGCCACUGGUGGGGGUGCAGGAGCAGGGGCAGGCGGAGGGGGGUCAGUGGCCGCGUCUAGGUCCCCCUCUGGGAGUGACUCUGCUAGGCGACCCGCCUCACUGAGGGUGGGGGAGCCGGCAGGAUUUGAGGACGAGGGGAGUGUUGCACAGAAGAAACCGCUCACUCCCAGUGGGGGAGGAGGAGCAGGGGGAGGGGGAGCGGGGGGGAGUGGGGCAGGGCGGCCUAGGAGCCCGCUCAGAGGGGGGAGUGGGCAUGAGGAGGGGCGCGGAGGGGGUGGGGGAGGGGGGAGCGGGCGGAUGACGCCCAAGGGGGCGCGGGAGAGGAAAUCAGUGAAGUUUGCGCUGCCGACGGACGGGGAGGGGGAGAAGAAGGAGAAGGAGGGGGAGAGUGGAGGGGAGGAGAGGAAGGGCGGCGGUGGGAAGGAGGAGGAGAAGAAGGGAGGGGGGCAGGUGCCUGUGUCGCCUAGUAACAGACGGGCAGCAGCAGGCGCUGCAGCAGGUAGUGCUGUUGCUAGUGCCAGUGCUAAUGCUAAUGCUGGUGCGAGUGCUAGUGGCUGUGGCGGUGGCGGUGGCGGUGGCAGUGGCAGCGCGGGAGCAAGCACCCCCUCACCUGAGCAGAUAUCUGAAGAGGACCUGAAGCUCAUCCGACCUGACUGGAGGGAUGCUGCAGCCAGGGGCGGGUGUGUGGCGUGUGGGGAGCUGCAGUGUGACUGCCCCACCAACCCCAAUAACCGGGAUGAUGCUGCUGGUGCUGGUGCUGGUGGGAAGAAGGCAGGGGAUGGGGAGAAGAAGGACGGGGAAGUUAAGAAGGAAGGGGAGAAGAAAGAAGGGGAGAAAAAGGACGGGGAGAAGAAGGAAGGGGGGAAGAAGGAUGGGGGUGAAGAGAAGGCAUCACCGGCAGCAGCAGCAGCAGCAGCAGCAGCAGCAGCAGCAGCGGGGGGGGGGGGGGAAGGAGCUGAUGGAUGGGGAGCCGAUGGCGCCCCUGGGCACCAUGAAGUGGAAGCGGGGCGAGCUGCUGGGGGAAGGCGCGUAUGGCAAGGUGUUCCUGGGUCUGAACGAGAUGACGGGAGAAUUGAUGGCGGUGAAGCAGAUCAAGAUGACAUGCGGCACCGGCACAUCGUGGCAUACAUUGACAUGGAGAAGGAUGAAAGCGACGGGUCGCUCUACAUCUUCCUCGAAUUCAUCUCCGGAGGCUCCAUCCACAGCAUGUUGGACAAGUUUGGCAAGUUCAGCGAGUCCCUAGUGCGAGUGUACACUCGGCAGCUGCUGCUGGGGUUGGAGUAUCUGCACGGGUGCAAGAUCAUUCAUCGCGACAUCAAGGGCGGCAACGUGCUCGUCGACCGGGAUGGGGUUAUUAAACUUGCUGAUUUUGGUGCUUCCAAGGCGUUUCACGAGGGCACGGUGGGCGAGGGGUGCAAGUCGAUCCGCGGGUCGGUGUUCUGGAUGGCGCCCGAGGUGAUCAAGGGGGAGGGGUACGGCCGCCGCGCUGACAUCUGGAGUCUCGGCUGCACCGUCAUUGAAAUGCUUACCGGCAGCCACCCAUGGCCCAACAUGGACAACACGUGGUCGGCCAUAUUCCACAUCGCCAAGACCACCACGGGCCCGCCCAUCCCAGAGGAGUGCAGCGAUGAGGGAAGGGACUUCCUCGCCGCCUGCUUCAAGCUCGACCCGGGGGAGCGCCCCUCUGCCACUGAGCUACUACAGCACCCCUUUGUGCAAGUGCCCGACACUCCAAGGGAAGCUCGCGGGGGGUUCUGA